AUGGGCUAUGCAUCUCUUGUCAAUGCCGAUGCUAAGGAGGAUCGUAGCACUAUCUCGUUCCCUUCUCGCCGCGCAUCUCUUGUCGUUGACCCCGUCAUUCAAAUCAACAUCGAUGUGUUGAUAGAGAUUCUCUUGUGUCUUCCCGUACAAUCAAUCUUGAGAUUCCGAGCUGUCUGCAAAUCUUGGGGUCACAUUAUCGAUUCUCCAUCUUUCAGAACACUACACACUCGCAACAACAAAUCAGAUGACACGGUCACUCUUCAAGUUUAUGCGACCAACUUUUCGCAGAACAAACUGUCGAUAAAGUUCCAACACAACGGGAAGUCAUUAAUGUCGUAUGAAGCCGAAAGCUUAACACAUUCCUCGUUUAAAUUAGUUGGGGCGGUUAAGGGUCUAAUAUGCAUUAACCCUAAUAAAUUUCGGGUGCCCAUAGCCAUAUGCAACCCUUCUCUAGGCCAACUCAAGCUUCUCCCACUUACCAUCCCUUCCACUUCCAAAUCCUGUGGAAUAUGCUGGCGCGAGGUUGCAAUUGGUUUCGACGAAGAUUACAAAGUUGUGCAGCUGAUGUCGUGCCCAAAACACCGCCAUGUCCUCGCCCAAGUCUACUCAAGAAGGACAGGAUCUUGGAGGGAGUUGGCCAGAGAUGAUGGCGGCCUCCUUGAUACCCUACAUUCUUUCUCGCCUUGUCCCAUAAAAUCAUGGUGCAAGAAUGGCUACUUUGCGCACUGGCGUGUGUAUCGGCUUAAGGUGGGAGGUCGUAUUGUGCAGAAGAUACUAAGCUUGGACAUGAAGAAUGAAGUGUUUCACACAAUUAGGUUGCCGGCGGAUUAUACUUACUAUUAUGAUUCGAUAUUUGCAGAUGAUGAACGCUCAUUUCGCCGCUUUGUUUUGCAUUCUCAUACGCGUCUCGGCUUAGUGGGGAUUUAUGAGUCGAGAUGUGAAAGAAGUGAAUUGAGUUGGAAUCAUAUGAUGGAUGUGGAAGUACCCUUCUCUAACUUGGACUUUGGGGUAAGUUUGUGGAGGAGUGGUUGUGUGUUUAUCAAAUACUGUAGGAGCUUAUUUGUGUAUGAUUAUCGUGCACACAAAUUCAUCUGCAAGCACGUGCACCCUGCGGAGCUCGUGGGGAUUAUUGAGUAUAGUGGGAGCUUCGUUUCACUUGAGAAUUAG